AUGGAUCCAGCUUCUGCUCCUCCACCGGAGCACCUGUGCUACGUCCGCUGCAACUACUGCAACACAGUCCUCGCGGUAAUCUGAAAAGCUUUGCAGAUGCAGAUACGAGAGAGCGAGAGAGAGCGAGGGAGAGAGUUGAAGCCAACUUCUCUCCAUUUCUGUCACAACUACGGUGAAGUGCAGGGAGAGAUUCAUCCAAGGGAAGAUUCUUCGUGAAAAUUUACAGAAAUCCCUCCCUCUCUCUCUAUAAGUUGGUAGAGCCCGAGUAGAGAGAUUUCCGUUCGAGUAUCGUCUCUCCACACCUACGUUAGCUCACAGGAAACCAAGUUUUGCUGUUGGCGGUGGAAACUUUUCGUGAAAAUUCUCACAAGAGAUCCAUCUUUUUCCCUUUCUAGAUUAGUACAGAGAACAUGGAUUGAGGGAUUUCUCUUCGAGUAUCACUUCACAACACUUGUCUUAACUAAAUAUUUCAAGUUGAGGUGGACCUUGGUCCUGGGAAAUACCCCCUGAAAGUUCUUGGGCAUGAUCUCUCUCUCUCUCUUUCUCUCUAGAUGAGUAAGGAGAGCCAAGUUCGAGAUAUUUGUUGAUCUUUUCAUCCGUUACUCUUCCACUCUCGUUACCUUCAGGUUACCUUCCUCACCAUCUGCAGAAGGGAAACCCUAAAGGAUUUCAUUCACUUUGGAUCUACCCCUCAGAACCCACAUACCAUUUUGUUUUGCUUGCUAGUCUUCCUGCUCAAAUUAUACGCUUGAAUACAAAAGGUAAGAUAUUUAGACGACCCAGAUGGUUUGAUUUCAGGUGGGAGUCCCAUGCAGAAGACUGAUGGAGACCGUGACAGUGAAGUGUGGUCAUUGCAACAACCUGUCCUUCCUCAGUACCAGGCCUCUGGUGCAUUCCCACUGUGCAGACUUGAAUAUGGCCCUGGGCUUGGGGAUUCAGGUGAGUCGAGUCUCCGCGAAAUCCUUAGAAGCUCUUGUUGACAUGAAUCUAGGGUUUCUCGAAGGAAUAGUUAACUACUAGAUCAAUCUAGGGUUUUCGGAUUUUGAGUUAUAUUUCUAGAAGAAUCAUUGUUAGAAUGAUUCUACACUUUUUUUGAAAAAAGGUUUACUUCCUAUUGGUUAGGAUUUGAUGGAUAUAAUUUAAUCUCCUCCUGUCCUGACUAUUAUUAGGGUUUUAAUGAUUCCUCUUUGAAAAUGGAUUAGGGUUCAUGCAACGACCACAAGAGGCCGUCGAUGUCCAUGGGGUCGUCAUCAGCAGCCACCCAAGAGCCCAAGGCACCCUAUGUUGUAAAACGUGUGUAAUAUCGCCUCUUCCACCUCACUCUUGAUCACUCGCAGAACAAGAACAAUAAAAGGUUUUGCUUCAUUUGUCUGACGUUAUUCGGUGUUCUUGUAUCUGAUUUUUGGACAGCUCCAGAGAGGAAGCACCGGGUUCCGUCGGCAUACAACCGGUUUAUGAAGUAAGAAUGACAGAUCUAGAUAAUGAAAAAAAUAUCAAGGAAAACAAGAACUUGAACUUGUAAUGGAGUUGUGAUCUCAGUCAAGAUCAUGAACUUCCAUGUUCUAGAGUAAUCUUCAGAGUUUCUUGAUCUGGAUCCCGGCCAAAAACUCAUAUUCUACGGCCAAUUUCAGAGUAGUUAUUUUUGGUUAGCUUUAUAUGUUUAAAAUAAUAAACCCGACCCACAGAUCACAGUUGGCUAUCUGGUCUUUCAGACUGCGCAUGAAGCCUUCUCCACUGAGGAUAUAAUUCCUCUGCGCUUCCAGUUAGUCAAAUACAAUGAGAAGAUUUAAGGAAUGUAAUUUGAAGACUUCGGAAUUUAUUGCACAGGGAGGAGAUACAACGGAUCAAGGCUGCCCACCCUGACAUCCCCCAUCGAGAAGCGUUCAGCAUGGCAUCAAAGAACGUAAGACUCUCUCUCUCUCUCUCUCUCUCUCUCCCUCCUUUUAGAACUAAUAGAAACAAAUUAUUUGAGUAAAUAUCAUCUCUGUAACUUCUCUUUUUUUAUGGUUUAUAAUGACAGUGGGCUAAGAACGAUCCUCAAUCAAACAACAGCAAACUUGUGGAUGAACGCAGCAGGAAGGUGAAAAUGGGAACUUAUCAACAUGUUAGUAAGAAAACCAUUUCUCUACUUUAUAAGUCCAGAGAUUGGUCCAUUUUGCAUGUAGGCAUCAAAAUUAAGCAUUUAUUGGUCGUUUUUCUUCAUCCAUGCCCAGUAUGGUUUCUACAGCAUAUAUACCCUUCAAGUCCAAAAUCUAUUUUUAUCACCUCGUGCUUGGCUUACAAUCGCUCACUCACGUGUUCAUCGUUCUGUGCCUCUCCUUACCUCCAUCCCUCUCUCUCUCCCUCUCUUCCUCCCUUCCUCCUUCCCUCCUCUCUCUCUCUCUGCCUCCCUUCAUCCCUCCCUCCCAACAGGCGCACAGAUGCCUGGUGGGAUAGGCCCGGGAUUCUAUGGCUCCAAACUGGAACAUAUUUUCCGUGCUUUUCUCUUGGGAGCGAGUGAGACCAGGGCUGUCCUCGGCCUAAACUGUUGAUAGCCCUGAUGAUAAAUUUUCCAUAUCAUGACUUUGAUUAAAAAUGGGCUCAUACUCAAACCUUUUGCUUUAAGUCCAUGUCCAGGUGCUGCAAGAGCGACCCAGUGGAGUGAUGGGUGAAGGGUUCGAUGCUUUUAAGCAGCUCGAACGCCGAAAUUAA